AUGGAGAAGUAUAUACCCCAAACUUUGAGUGAUAGGAGGAGAGAUGAGUUCCUAAUCCUAGAGCAAGGAAGGAUGUCUGUUGCAGCUUAUGAGGCCGAAUUUCGUGCAUUAUCCAGGUAUGCCACUCAGCUUUGCUUCAAUCCGCAAGAGCAGAUUCACCGCUUUGUGAAGGGAUUGAGGUCAGAUUUGCAGAUUCCAGCUUUACAGGUAGCUGCUUCUGUAAAAUCUUUUCAAGAAGUGGUUGAUUUUGUGAUAAAGAUACCUACAUUCGACUCCAGGAAUUGUUAUGGAUAUGGAAAGGUCGAAUAUAUCAGGAAAUAUUAUCCAAAGCAGAGUCAGGCUCGGUACGAUCAGAGUUACAGAUCCCCAGCAAUUAGAGGUAGAGGAGGUCAUGUUAGAGGCCGUCAUUCUAGAGGAUAUGGUGGCCAAGGUAAUGGUGGUCACCAGUUCAAUCGGGGUGGCGAGCAGGUUGGAACUACUGAAGAGCAACCCGGAAGGGGAAAUGGACAGACAGGUGAUAGAGCCCAUUGUUAUGCUUUCCCCAGGAGGUCAGAGGCAGAGACAUUUGAUGUUGUUAUAACAAGUAAUCUUCUGGUCUGUGAUCGCAUGGCUUCCGUAUUAUUUGAUCCUGGAUCCACAUUUUCUUAUGCAUCUUCCUUGUUCGCUACUGGACUUGAUUUGCAUUGUGAUUUGCUUGACAUGCCUAUUCGUAUCUCUACUCCCGUUGGUGAAUCUGUGAUAGUUGAGAAGGUAUAUAGGUCUUGCCUUGUGACUUUUGUGGGGAGCAAUACUUAUGUAGAUUUUAUUAUUUUAGAGAUGGUUGAUUUUGAUGUAAUUUUGGGUAUGACUUGGCUUUCUCCAAUUUUUGCUUUCUUAGAUUGUAAUGCUAAGACUAUGACCUUGGCCAAGCCUGGGAUAGAUCCACUAGUGUGGGAGGGAGACUACAUUCCCGCCCUAGUUUGUAUUAUCUCGUUUCUUCGUGCUAAGAGGUUGGUGAGUAAGGGUUGUUUAGCUUUCUUGGCACAUCUCAGGGAUGAUACUUCCAAAGUGCCGUCAAUCGAGUCUAUUUCGAUAGUCCGUGAGUUUGCAGAUGUUUUUCCUGCAGACCUGUCUGGUAUGCCAACAGAUAGAGAUAUUGAUUUUUGUAUUGACCUGGAGCCGGGGACUCGCUCCAUUUCCGUUCCACCUUAUAGAAUAACCCCAACUAAUUUAAGGGAGUUAAAGGCCCAACUUUAG